AUGCUAUUUGGCCUAAAAAACGCGGAGACUACCUACCAACGAUUGGUUAACCACAUGUUUGCCGACCAGAUUGGCAAAAGCAUAGAAGUUUACGUCGACGACAUGCUAGUGAAGAGUAUUCGCGCCGAUCAGCACAUCGCUGAUCUCGAUGUUGCUUUUACAAUCUUACGAAGCCAUGAAAUGAAGUUAAAUCCCGCCAAAUACAUGUUCGGGGUCAGCUCGGGGAAGUUCCUGGGGUUCUUAGUUAGCCACAGUGGCAUUGAAGCUAACCCAGAGAAGAUCUAG